CAUUCAAUUCUUGAAAACCAAAGUACUCACCAUCUCUUAAUGUUAGCUAUCUGUAACAAUAUUUUAAAACUUUUCUUUAUUUUCCAAAUCUUUGAUGGUGAUUCAAUCAGGGAUAAGGUGUUAGUCUCAGGGAGAAAGAAGAUCGCUGAACCAGGUAAAUUAAAGGAAAAACAAUAUAAGACAAUCAGAUUAGGGUUUAAUAAACCAUUGAACAAAAACAAAGAAAAAUCCGUUAAACAAAGAGCUAAUGGGGGUAAAAAGAUAGGCAGAAAAAUAAGACAAAUUAAAAUAGAGAGAAAGAGGGAAGGAAAGAUUGAAAAGAAAGAUGAAAAAGAAAGAGAACUCACCUUGAGACAAUCGACUUUUUGCGUUACUUCAACACUCAAACCUUUUGUCACCUUUUUCAAUUGAGUACAUUUAGUUCAAUCCCCCUUGGACAAUUAAUACCAAGUCAACACCAUUAAAAUUAGUUGACACUCCAUUUUAUCUUUUGCUAUCCUUUUUCACCCAGUUGAUCAUUCUCAUUACUGGACAUAUUCAAUAAACUGAUAAACAGAUCAACAUUGUUUACGUAUAUGCAAAUAUUCCUAUUAGUGUUUCAUAAAACUAUUCAUGAGUAAUUCAUGAACAUCUAAUGUUAUUGUGUACACGGAGAUAUUAUAGUGCAAAAUCAACACAGAAAUAAUCCAGUUACAUAACAGUAUAACGAUUAUUGUGAUCAUAUGUGGACAAAUAUUUAUCUCAUGAUGAUCGAUUGUCACUGAACCAUCUCUCCGUGAUUUUUGGCUGAAAUCCCAUCUAAAUCCCAUUCUAAACACUGAUUUCCUGAUGAUGAAUUGUACUAUCUUCCUUUAACGUCCAUUAUACAUUUGUUAGCUCAAUAUGAUUCCAUUUCGGAUUAUUGCAAUCAUUAUUUGUGCAUCUUUUUUAUCAAUAACCAAUAGUUUCAAAAAUGGAACCUCGCCAUCGAAGUCUCCAUCAGCACUGCCGUCAUCAAUAACUUCAACAUCACCAAAUGAGCAAUUUGAUGAAUUACCAGAACCGAUUCUACCAAAUACUGGUCCUGGUGGAUUUUAUGAUGGUAACCUAACAGCACAAGAAAACAAGUAUCAUGCCACAAUUGAUGAUGACUUUAUAACAAGCCCAUUGACUUUUAGUGGUAAACAUUAUACUCGAUUUGGUGGAGCUCCAGUCCAUGAAAAGAUCAAUGUUUUAACUGCUGGUAAAAAGGGUCCUCUUCUUAUGGAAGAUAUUACCUUUUUUGAAGAAAUGAGCCAUUUUUCUCGAGAACGAAUACCAGAAAGAGUUGUCCAUGCCAAAGGAACGGGCGCAUUUGGCUAUUUUGAAGUGACCAAUCCACAUGUAACUGCUUUCACUAAAGCAUCUUUCCUUUCCAAACCUGGUAAACGGACUAAAGUUGCUGUAAGAUUUUCAACUGUUGCUGGAAGUAAAGGAUCAGCUGAUACUGUUCGGGAUCCUCGAGGAUUCUCUGUUAAACUAUACACUGAUGAAGGAAAUUUUGAUUUACUGAUGCUUAAUUUUCCAGUCUUCUUUGUUAGAGACCCACUAAGGUUUUUCAACUUCAUUCACAGUCAAAAGAAAGAUCCUCAAUCAAACCUAAUCAACUAUGAUUACUUUUGGGAUUACAUUUCACUAACCCCUGAAACUCUACAUGCAGUUUCAUAUCUAUUUACCGACCUCGGUACACCAGAUGGAUAUCGACACAUACAUGGCUUUAGCUUGAGCACAUUCAAAUUGGUUAAUCGGUAUGAUAAAGUCGUCUUUGGAAGGUGGCACUUUCUGACUAAUCAAGGAAUCCGUAAUUUAACUGCUGACAUAGCUACUAAAUUGGCAGGAUCUAAUCCAGAUUAUGCCACUGAAGACUUAUUCAAAGCAAUUCAUGCUGGUAAUUAUCCUUCAUGGAGAGUUUGUAUCCAAGUUAUGACCCAAAAGCAAGCUCACAAGUGGAAACAUAGUCCUUUUGACCCUACAAAAUUAUGGCCUUUGAAACAUUUCCCUCUCAUCGAAGCUGGUAAAUUGGUAUUAACACACAACCCUAAAAACUUCUUCGCUGAUAUUGAACAAUUAGCUUUUAAUCCAGCAAAUCUUGUUCCUGGAAUUGAACCAUCAACUGAAAAGAUUCUCCAAGGAAGAUUAGUUUCUUACCAUGAAGCUCAAAGUUACAGACUUGGAACCAACUUUUUCAAGCUUCCCGUUAAUCAAGCAGCUUCUGAUACUGCUUAUCCAAAUAUCAGAGACGGUGGUUACUGUUAUGAUGAUAAUGGUGGAAAAGGACCCAAUUAUUUUCCAAAUUCAUUUGAUUUUAAGAAGGAAGAUGAAACGGAGAAACCGAGUAAAUGGAAACUACCGUCUUAUGUUGAAGUAAAAAGAUAUGAUACAACCCAUGAUGACAACUAUUCUCAGGUUUCCAAAUUUUGGGAGGCAUUGGCACCAAAAGAUCGGGAUCAUUUGAUUUACAAUUUGAGUACUCAUUUGAAGCGGGCCAAGAAAUUUAUUCAAGAAAGAUUCUUGUAUCAUGUACGAAUAGCUCAUCCAGAGUAUGGUCAUCGUUUGAAAGAAGCACUGGACUUUUUUGCUGGUAAAUAAGCUAAAAGAGUUGGAUACUUAAAGACUCAAUUUUGGACUCCAAUCAUUUUGAAACAUGUUCAGAUUGUGUAUGGUUUUUGCAUCAAUAUUUAUUUUUGACCUCACAAUUGGACUGAUCAAGGAAAGAAAAUUAUAUCGACGAAAAUUUACCAGUUUUCAAGAAACUUACAUUCUUAAAUUAUAAAUGGUUGCCAAAGUUUUGAAUACAAAUGAGCAUUUUGAAGCUUUAUCGUCAUCUUUCGUCUAUUCCAGUGUUUAUUGAGUUAAGAGCUGGUUAACUUGUAAUGCACGAGACUUGAUUGAAACAAAACUUUUCAUUUGUUUAUAAUUUUUUGUAUUGAUCAAAAGAUUUCGAGCAAACACAAUUCAAUGCUGUAAAAUCUGCAAGAGAAAAUGCCUUUUUAAUCAUUUUUCUCGACAUCACCAUUUUCAAUACCAUCAAUCCAGUUAUUCUUUCAGCUUCAUAAUGUAAUUAACCAAUCAUAAGAUCUGUAAAACAUUGUAAAUCGACUGUUAUUUAGCUAAUGAAAUUAUUUGUCCUACUCUUCACGCUUUCAACUAGGCGCCAAUACAAAUAAAGCAAAAAUGAAAACAAAAGCAAAAUGAAUAAUUAAAUAGAAUGAAACUCAGGCUUGUUUCAUGCUUUUGCCUAUUUUACGAGUU